CACCUCUGUGCGUGUGUGUGUGUGUGCGUGUGCGAGCGGCAAAGAUUCUUCUCUCCAUGUCCGCUUCCGUGCCCGGCAAUGGAACAGGAGCCGGUGUUUUGUUCCACCCCCCCGAGCUGACCCCAUGCCUCCGCUCUGGGCUCUUCCAGGCAAUAGCUUGCUUGAUGGACAUGAACGCCUUGCUGGACAGAUUUCACAAUUACAUCCUACCGCACCUCAGAGGGGAGGACCGAGUUUGUCACUGCAACUGUGGAAGGCACCACGUGCACUACGUGAUCCCCUACGACGGGGACCAGUCGGUGGUGGACUCCUCGGAGAAUUACUUUGUGACCGACAAUGUGACCAAGCAGGAGAUCGACCUGAUGCUGGGGCUGCUGCUGGGCUUCUGCAUCAGCUGGUUCCUGGUGUGGAUGGACGGCGUGCUGCACUACGCCGUGCGCGCCUGGCGCGCCAGCCGCCGCUACGACACGUCCUGGUGGUGGCUGCCCAGGUUCUGUAAGCUGAAGGAGCUGCGCAAGCGCCACCCCCGGCAGUACGAGGAGCCCACGGGGAACAUGGUGCACAUCAAACAGAAGCUCUACCACAACGGGCACCCCAGCCCGCGGCACCUGUGAGGGACCCCGGCACUGCAGCAGCUUCUACCCACACACAGGACUCCUCUUCCUCCUGGGCCGGCUCUGCAGUGCUCCCAAGGCAGCUGAGGACACGGAUUUUUGGGAUGUCCACGGGUGGACAGGCCACCAUGCACAACCGGGCGCUCUGCAGCCAUGGCUUUGCACUGUGUUCCACGUUUUAUUGUCAGACUCGUGUAAAUAUGUAAAAAAAAAACCAAAACCAAAACAAAGCAGACAAACAACAAACCGACAAAAAAAGAUUUGCAUUAUACUUUCAACCCCCACCCAAUCUCCCCCUGGCUGUCCUGCACAUCCUGCUGGGAAUGUUGGCCGAGGGGAUGGAGGUGGGACAGCAGCAAGAAGAUGCAAAGUGUCUCCUCCAGGAGCUCCAGCCCCACAAAAUUUCUUUGAUCCUUUGGCUGCUCUGAGCCUCCCGUGGCCAGAAGGGCCUGGCUGGGCACAGGUUUGGAUGGGGGAAGGCACAGUGUCCCAUUUCUGGGGUUUUUGGGGGUUUUUUGCUUUGGUUCACAGGUUUGGAUGGAGGAAGGAGUGUCCCAUUUCUGGGGUUUUUAUCCUUUGGAUGGGGGAAGGCACAGUGUCCCCUUUUGGGGGGUUUUAUCGUUUGGAUGGGGAAGGCACAGUGUCCCUUUCUGGGGUUUUUGGGGUUUUUAUCCUUUGGUUCACAGGUUUGGAUGGGGAAGGCACAGUGUUCUCUUUUUGGGGUUUUUGGGGUUUUUUUGCUUUGGUUCACAGGGUUGGAUGGGGGAAGGCACAGUGUCCCCUUUUUGGGGUUUUUAUCAUUUGGAUGGGGGAAGGCACAGUGUCCCCUUUUUGGGGUUUUUGGGGUUUUUAUCAUUUGGAUGGGGGAAGGCACAGUGUCCCCUUUUUGGGGUUUUUGGGUUUUUUUUUUGCUUUGGUUCACGUUCUGGAGUUGCUGUGGGGGAAGGAAGGGCUGGGGAUGUGUCAGGGGUUUGUUUGCAUUGCUGCCCUCUGAACCUGCCUUAAGCACCCCCACCUCAGAGCCAGGGGACAGGGGCUGCUGCUUUGGUGGCACCUUUGGAGGUGGCACCUUUGGAGGUGGCACCUUUGGAGGUGGCACCUUUGGAGGUGGCAGGGCUGCUGUCUGUCAAUAGAGGAGGGGGGGAUGUGUCAGAUCUGAAAAAAGGAGCUGCUCUGCCCCUUUUCCUGUAGGCUGAGCCUGGAUAAAACACCCCAAAACCCCAAAACCCCAGAGGGCAGCAAGAGGGGUCACUGAGCAGGGUGAGCCUGGAUAAAACACCCCAAAAUCCUGUUCGGAACACCCCAAAACCCCAAAGAGCAGCACAGAGGGGGCCUCAUACAGGGUGAGCCUGGUUAAAACACCCCAAAACCCCAAAGAGCAGCAAGAGGGGUCACUGAGCAGGGUGAGCCUGGAUAAAACACCCCAAAAUCCUGGUUAAAACACCCCAAACCCCAAA